AUGAGUACGGACGCUGAGAUGCAGAUCUACGGCAAGGCUGCCAUAUACCUCCGUAAGCCUGAGAGGGAAAGGAUUGAGGCACAAGCCGCACCCUUUGAUUCAAAGAACGCCUGCUACGUGACAGACAAGGUGGAGCUGUACCUUAAGGGUUUAGUCACUGCCAGGGCAGAAGGGAAAUGUACUGUGACAGUUACCAGACCUGACGGAAGUAAGGAGGAAGGAAAAGAGUUCAAAGAUGCAGACAUCUAUGAGAUGAACCCCCCUAAGUACGACAAGAUUGAGGACAUGGCCAUGAUGACCUACCUGAAUGAAGCCUCUGUGUUGUAUAACCUCAAAGAGCGUUAUGCAGCAUGGAUGAUCUAUACCUACUCUGGGCUCUUCUGUGCCACGGUGAACCCCUACAAGUGGCUCCCUGUGUAUGAUGAAGAGGUUGUCAACGCCUACAGAGGGAAGAAGAGGAUGGAGGCUCCACCCCAUAUCUUCUCCGUGUCUGACAACGCCUUUCAGUUCAUGAUGAUUGAUAAGGAGAACCAGUCCAUCCUGAUUACUGGAGAAUCCGGUGCAGGAAAGACUGUCAACACCAAGCGUGUCAUCCAGUACUUUGCCACCAUUGCAGUGUCUGGUGGCAAGAAGGAAGCAGACCCCAGCAAAAUGCAGGGGUCUCUUGAGGAUCAGAUCAUUGCAGCUAACCCUCUGCUGGAGUCUUACGGUAAUGCCAAGACAGUGAGGAACGACAACUCGUCUCGCUUUGGUAAAUUCAUCAGGAUUCACUUCCAGGCUGGUAAACUGGCUAAAGCUGAUAUUGAGACCUACCUGCUUGAGAAGUCCAGAGUGUCCUUCCAGCUGCCCGAUGAGAGAGGCUACCACAUCUUCUUCCAGAUGAUGACAGGCCACAAACCUGAGAUAGUUGAAAUGGCGCUUCUCACCACCAACCCCUACGACUUCCCCAUGUGCAGCCAGGGUCAGAUCGCUGUGGCCAGCAUUAAUGACAAUGACGAGCUGGAUGCCACAGACGAUGCCAUUACAAUCCUGGGCUUCACUAAUGAAGAGAAGAUUGGCAUCUACAAGUUGACAGGAGCUGUAGUGCACCAUGGAAACUUGAAAUUCAAGCAGAAGCAGCGUGAGGAGCAGGCCGAGCCAGACGGCACAGAGGGUGAGUCCCACUCAUAGAUAUACA